AUGUUCUUGGGGCACCUAUACCGAUUGCUCGAUCAAAUUCAGUUUCUUGAGAAAGGGACAGCAGGAACUAUGGCUGUGGAGACUUUUGUGAAUUCCAGCUUUCUGCAAAUCUUCUUAUGGGAGCGCUUCAAAGGUGUAGAGGUAUCUCCACUUCCCUAUCCAAAGGCUAGAUCUCUUGUUGAUUCCGACGCGGGUUCUUAUGUGCCGGGUAUUCUCCCCUUGAUAUGUCGAUGGUCUCGUAGAAUGCAAAGAAAGGGCCAAAAUUUUUUAGAGUUGCUGGAUGAUGUUGAGCAAUUUACCUUCCGUCCCUAUUGCGCUUUAUCAGAGGCAUUUAGAAGUAUACCCCUCUAUGCUGAUUUUGAUGUUUUAAUGGAGGCCUUGGCCAUGCCAACACAAGGUUGUCGGUUACGUAGAGAGGCAUUGUUAAGUGCUGCAUGCCUUCCUUUGCCCACAUUUGGUGAUGACCACACGGAGGUUUCUGUGCAUUAUUCCCCUUACCGGGUCAGACGACAGCUUGGGUUUGACCAAGGCGUGCCUUCCCAUCCCAACCAUGGAGAUUCCUUGACCUUGCACAGGGUUUUUUGGACUGGUGACAGUGUGCCGAGAGACGGCAGACCUCUUGCCCUUGCUCUGGCCAGCCGGCAGCGCGUUGGUAGUCUCUCGAAGGCCUACCAAAAUUAUUGGAACCGCUGCUUUGCCUCAUUUAGCCGAUUCCAUGCUGCCCAUUGUGAUAGAUUGAUUCCUACCAUCAUUCAUCAUGCCCGCUUAGUGUCGGAAGAGAAGGCCAUUUCCCUGAGCGAGAAGCGGAAUCUACCUUUUACUUCCAAAAGCGGAGAGAUCGUUGGUGAUUUUUCGAAGCUAAAGCGGAAAUUAGAGAAAUCGGGUUCUCACAGCACCGGGAAAAGUGCUGUACAUGGGAAACAGAAGCGAGAGGAAAGCUGCAGCGUCGAGAAAAGGCAAGCUGUAAAAGGGCCGAAAAGUUCAUCCCCAAGGUAG